GUAGCAUUGGUUUUUAUUUUUGAAAAGUUUAUCUGGCUUAUCUAUUAAGAUCUGGUACCAUUGUUUGGGUGUUAUUUAAGUUUGUGUGUAAGUUUUGAUCACGGUUGUGAAUUAAUAUCUUUCGAGCCUUAUUUGUUUGGCAUAUAUUUUAUGAUAGUUCACAUCAUGUUUAAACAUAUCCUUCUUUUGGGUCUUCUUGCAUGCCCGGGAAUGUUUCAAAUUUUUCUCCCCGGAUGUGGGCCCGAGGUCAUGACAAAUGCAACAUUGCGAUGCUACAACAUUUCGGGUGUGCCGUACGACGAGGUCUCUAAGAACAUAAGCCAACAUCUCACCUUAUCUAUCCACGCCGAUUUCUACACGAAACAAUGUGCCAGCAGGCAGAACUACACAUUAGCGAGAGAGUGCAUUAAGACCGAGUUUGAACGCUGUUCCAUGGAGGACUCCAUUCCCACAAAUGACGCCUUCCAGUGGUCUUUAUGUGACGAUCCUAGGGUCAACUUCACAUGCCUGGCCCAGGCUGACCGCCAUUACCCAGAAUUAACCAAUUGCGUCGAAACAAAGAUUACACAGUCAAUCAAUCAUACUACAAUGACCUGGCAGGAACAAUCUUGCAGAAGUAUGAAGAUCGCCACUGACUGCAGGGUUGACAUGAUAAGACGGUGCGACUCAUAUACUGCUGAUCAGAUUUCCUUAGUAGCAACCUCUGCGCUACCACCUAUUUGCCAAAGUCCUUCGGCUAUCAUUGGAUGAAUUAUAAUUUCUAUGUUAAUAAACUUCAUAAUAAAAUAUUACUUAUUUUCAAA